AUGCGAUCCGGUGAAGCAUCCAGGAAAAACACAUCUCGCUUAUUUGAGAACCCGAAUCUCUUCGCCAGAGCUUUGUCCGAGAAACUCACUGGUCCAUGGAUUGAACAUGCGUUCGAAAAGCGAGAAUGCAUCAAGUUUGUUGGUCAGCCAGGCAGCCCCGAAAGAUGUGGUUGUGGUCGAUUGAUGGCCGCCCAUUCGCAGUUGGCUCUGUCACGUUUUUCGGUGUUUUCACAGGGUGCACAAGUUGAAGAAGGCCAACCGUGGUCAAUCGCCACCCAUACACAAACCUCACCCACGGAUGCCUUCGGCACCAUUGUGUUCCAGGGUGGCGCACAUGCACACAAGGCCCAAUUCAUCCGCCUUGGCUACGAUUCCGAACCAGAAGAUGUUUGGGGUCUACGGCCCCCACGGCUCGUCAUCACAGUGCAUGGAGGCAUGACCAAUUUCGAAGUGCAGGAGAAAUUGGGCGGCAUGUUUCGAGACGGACUGCUGAAGGCGGCACAGACCACAGGAGCGUGGAUAAUCACGGGAGGUCUGGAUUGCGGCGUCGUGAAA